AUGCUGACCGCGCACAGGGCGCAGGAGGAACGUAAUCUUGACCCCCACACCACCAAGAGACGAGAGGCCGUCCUCUCUGGGCAGGAGGGCAGGCUGCCAGGGUCGGGAUCGGCCUCACCACCCACCAGCCUAGGGCAGGUGCUUCACCCCGUGCCUCCUCUUCGUGGGCUUGGCGUCAAGAUCAAACGAGAUGACGCGCUCCACAAGGAGCCAGGCGCCCAGUACCGCCUAGCCCCAAGCGUGGCCGAAAGAAAGAAGCUGACACAGGCGGCGGCACCAUGGGAAAGGGCCAGGCUCGGGAUUCACACAGACCCACGCUCCGGUGCUGCUGUGAUGCCUGGGGCUCAGUCCCCCCAGAGUGGCAUGACCGCCCCAUCCCAGGGCCUCCGAGGGCUCAGGAUGGCAGGCUGGGCCCGCGCGGCCUCCUCCCCCACCGGGGCCUCAACUUCCCCCGGGAGUCGCCACCGCUUCCGGCCACGACCGGCCGGGAAGGCUAGGGAGGACGCGUUCGCCCGAGCCUCCGGCCCGGCGCGCGCUCCCGCCUCGGGCGCGCUCCCGGGAGCGGCGCACGCGCACUCCCCAGGCGCGUUCCCCGCAGCCCCUCCCGGUGCCCCCGCCCCGCCCCGCGUCACCGGCCGCGCGCCCACUCACGCCCCCCCAGCGGCGCGCACGCGCACUCGCCCGCCCAGUCGCGCUCGCCUCCCGCCUCCCCGCCCGCCCCCCCGGCCGCAGCCCGGCGCCCUGAGGCGCGCGCCCACCCGGCCCCAGGCGCAUGCCCCCCGCCCCCGCGCCCUCCCCUCACCUCCUCGGUCCCGGGGCCGCCGCGCCGCACUCCUUCUCCUCUCUCCUCCCUCGCGGAUGGUGGCAGCGGCGGCAGCGGCGACUCAGACCCUGGGGUCAGGGGGACGGGCGCCCAGGCCGGAAGUGACCUUCCUGGCCGCUUCCGCCCGCGCCGCUCCCCCCUCCCCUUCCCACCCCACCUCCAGCCUCCACCUCGUCCUCGCCGCUCUAGGAAGGCGAGCCCGGCGACCCCCUAGCUGCCGCCCCCCCCCCAGCUCUAUGGACAGGAGGCCCGGGCUCGGCCCGUUAGCCGGAGACUUCCGGGUGUCUAGGGAGGUGCCCCCCGCCCCCACGCCGGGCUCUCGCGCCUGCGCAUUCGACUCCCGGCGCUAG